AUGCGUGGUUUUCGUUUCCCUGUGCGCCCACAAUUUGUCCGCGCACACUUCUCUCCUGUUUACUCGUAUCUCUAUAUCCCCUCAAGACUCUCGUCGGACUAUACAAUGGAUGCCAAGAAAGUGACACCGGAGUCGGGGGAGCCCCUCCCCUUGUCGGCGAGUGAUUUUCGCACCUAUAACCGCAUGUCUGAGCAAAUGGAAGCCUUUCACAGCCAUUUCCGCUUGACAUGGAAUCAGCUCUGGGAGGCCUGUGAGAAUAAUAACAAGCGGGCGCUCUCGGCCCGCCAAAUGAUCAUGAUGGGCCUUCAGUUUUGCUCACAGUUGGACUUCCACCACUCUAUCGAGGAGCAGCACAUAUUUCCUGUCUUGGCCAAAAAGAUGCCCGAAUUUCGAAAAGAGCUUGAGCUGUUGAGUCAGCACCGACAGAUUCAUGCUGGGCUUGAAAAACUAGAGAGCUAUCUCGAGAAAUGCCGCUCGGGUGAGGAGGACAUGCGUCGUGACGAGGUCAAACGACUGAUGGAUGGGUUUGGAAAGGUACUGUGGACGCACUUGGACCAAGAAGUCAAAACGCUCGAGGCAGCCAACAUGCGGAAAUUCUGGUCGCUGGACGAGAUGCGACGCCUUCCAAUGUAA